GGAGAGGAGUGAGGCAUGCAGCAGCAACUCAGUCACUCAUUUAGUCAAUUGUUCUCCUGCGAGCUCACGGCUGUGUUGAACCGGCACAAGGGAUUUGUUCUGCACUGUGAGACGUGCUCCUCCAGGAAAAGCCUUUCAAAGACAUCCCCCGAUUGAUUUGAGAAGGAGAUUCCUGUUUCUGCUCCCUUAAAUCGGUGCUUCUUGUUUGACACUCUGAUCCCGGCAUAAUCCCACUCUGGCUGCGGUUGCGUGAGCGGUCACCAUUGGCUCGCUGUUGCGCCUCUAAAGUUUGGAGAGGGGAGCUCUCCAAACUUGUGCCAAAUCGGGACUGUCGCGGAGCUCAAAAGGAGGGAGGGGGAGGAUGGUUUGACUGGGAAGAGAGAGAGAGAGAGAGAGCUCCCGUGUGGAGUUGCAUCUUCUCUGUUGCAAAGGGAGAGAAGGGUCGCCGGUCCUCAGAGAGAAAAGGGGGUCUGGUGCAGGACAACGGCUCAAGGUGUUGGAUGUGAGGGUUGUCGAUACAGGGACAAAAACAAAACAAUUGUUCAUUUUGCGGCGACGGAGAAAGAGAUAUUUUGUCUCGGGGGCAUCUUUUACAGUUUCUACAACAUGGCUGGGAUGUAUGGAUGCUUCAAGAGCAGAAACAGUGACAGCGUUGCCAUGGCAUCGGGACCUCCAGAUGUGAUGGACCAUCAGGAGCCCGCUGAGGUCGUGGAAGAGUGCUCAGCAAAGAAGAAGUCCAAGUUCCAGACGUUUAAGAAAUUCUUCGCCAGGAAGAAGAGAAAGGAGCCGCCGGCCGCUGGAGCAGAGGAGGGGCUGAAAGCCAGCCAAUCGAGCGACAACGUCAGCAAAACAUCCCAAAAUAACACGCUCACUCGAUCAGAGAAGGAUAAGGGCUCUGGGUCAAAGACCAGCCUGGGCAGCAAGGCCUUGUCACAUGACUCCGUCUUUGUUUCGGACUCGUCGGAGGCCAACGAGGCUCUGGGAGCGUCUCAGGACAACAUUCAUGGGAAAGUGAAAUCACUCCAGCUCCAGCUGAGGCAGGCCAUCAGACUGGGCUCCCCUCCGUCCCUCAUGUGCGUGAAGAAAACGGACGACGCUGGAGCCUUGUCAGAGGACGACGGCCUGCCCUGUAGUCCACCUGAGUACACAGCGCUUCACACAGCCACGAACCAGGCUCAGAGGAACAGCUCCAUCAGCCUGGAGGCCAUAGACAGUGACAGUGACCAGCUGACCAGCCGAGCGGUGAGCCCCCUGGUGGUCCCGGGGGACUUCAGCCAGCCGGCCAGUCCCUUCGGCUGCCUGGAUAACUCUGCUGCCAAACACAAGCUGGGCCUGAGACUCAAAGCCGGCAACAGGAGGAAACCGGUCGCUAGGCUGGAGAUGGAAGCACAGGGAGACUCCGCGGUGGAGGAGGUGCUGAACUCCUCCAGGACAGACGCUGCAGGGGAGCGAGCGAAGACGACAGAAGUUGUAAGUGGGGAUGAGCUGAAACCAAUGGGAGCUAGGGAGGAAGAGGAAGACGAGCAGGGGGAGCAGCCACAGCAUGCCAGACACUCCCUGUUGAGAAAUGAGGAGGAGGAGAGGGAGGAAGGAGAGGACCAGGCCGAAGCAGAGCAGGAUGUUUCUCACGACUCUUCCUCUCCUCCUGAGCUGCGUCUCUCAGAGGAGGAAGCCCCAGACGCCCGGCCCCGGCCCUCCUCCAAGCCCAGCUCCAGGGACCCCUCUAUGGACAGUCCCGGAGCACUGCCAGAGCCCCCUGCUGGUUCGAGAGAGUACUUGCUGGACCCUCCAGGCGUUGCCUACGGAGCAGAGGAGAGGGGGGUUGAAAGCGACUUGGCACUGAGCGGAGAAGAAUAUGGGCUUCAGGAAAACAGAGAGGAGGAGAGCUCCUUCUUACAGGAAGUGCUGAGCUCCUUGAAGACUCCCCUCGCGUCUUGCUCGCUGGCCAUGGAGACUGAGGGUGUUGUCCUGGAGAAGGAGGUGAAGGAAAAGGAAAGAGAAGAUGUCGAGGUAGAGGAAGUUCAGGAGGUGAAAGAAGAGGAGGCAGUGAUGGACGAGCCCGCUGGCUCCCUGCUGUCGGAUCACACCGCGGAGGAGGAGGAGGAGGAGGAGGAGGACGAAGAGCUUGUCAGUUUGAGCACUGCUUCUUGUCGAGAUGUUGAAGAAGAGGGGGGAGAAGAUGCAACAGAGGAACUAGUGGUGGAACAAGGCUGUCAACAUGAUCGAGAGGAGGACGCAGAAGAAGAGGAGGCAGAGGAAUUCACCCGGGAGGAACAAGAUGAUAUACAAACAAGAAACGCUAUCCACCAGGCGGAGGAGGAGGAGGAGGAGGAGGAGAGUGAGGGAGAGGAGGAAGAGGUGGAAGAGGCGAUAGAACUGGAGAAGCAGCCCGAGGUGGAGGAGGUGGGACGGGAGAAGAGGGAAGAGGAAGAGGUGGAGGAGGCAGCGGUGAGAGUGGAGGAGGCGGAGGAGGCGAUAGAAGAAGCGAGGGAAGCCACCGAGGAGAGGACGGAGACAUUUCCUGACGCGGCGGACGAGGAGGUUGCCAUGUUGCCACCACAACAGGAGGACGAGGAGGAGGACGGGGAGGAGGACGAGGGUGUAGAUGUUGUGGUUGGAGAUGACACCGUGUGCGUAAAUGACAGCAAAACAGAGCUGAGUCCAGCAGCUUCAGAUCAAAGCUUUGGAGAGAAGAGAGAAGAUGGAGAGGAGAAGGUGGAGGACCGCGUAGAGAUCGAUCGCGCGGAGCAAGAGGAGGACGAGAGCGAGCGAGAUCUGCAGCAGGAAGGCGUCCAAACCUCCAAGGAACAAGCUCACAAGCCUCCCCCUUUGUCACUUUCGGAACCACAUAGCGAGGCUCCGUCACAAGAGAGCGGAACCAGCACUCCCAGUAAGACGGGCACGACCACUAUCCACAUCAAUCUACUCUCUCCAAGCUCGGAGAAAGCCACGCCUUUCUUUCAACCGUCCCCAGCUGCCGCACGCCCCGACGAGAUUGGGACACCUGUUCACGCCGUAGCAGCCGCAGAAGAAGAAAAAGAAGAAGAACCAGCUGACGAUGUGGAAGCCGCAGAAGAAGACAGACCGCCGGGAGAGGCUGCACCUCCUGCCUCUGUACGGGGAGAGGUGAACCAGCCAACCAGUGGUCCCGAUCAGAGCAAAGCCCACUUCACCAUCGCCCCCUCCUGGCAGAGGUCACCCUCUGUGGGGGAGGCAGAGGAGACUGUGACCCCUCCCCUCUCCCCGCCCGCCGUCACAGGCGCCGGAGGUGUGGAAGCUGCGGAUAGCAAGGACCCCGAAGUGGAAGCAGAGCCGGCCAGUUCGAAGGUGGAACUGGCGUUGAGCCCUGGUAGAGCGAGGAGUGCAGGGGCCGCUGCCCCAAUCCCAUCAUCCAUUCAACCUCCGACCACAGCGAGCACAGAAGAGAACUCCGUCGUGGUGGAGGGAAGCGCCGACAGUCCUUUUGGGGUUCGGCUGAGGAAGACGUCAGCUCUCCACCUCUUCAGCUCGGAGGAGGAAAACACAGAGCCUCCCAUCGAGCCUCCAGCUCAACCAAUCAGCUGUAGAGGUGACUCACAGCAGCCAAUCAGCGUGAAGCCCUCCGUCAGCAUCAAGCCCGCCCUCUCCAAGAAACCAGACGUACACGGAGACAGCGGAGGGAAAAACAAGUGCACGUUAGACCCGGGUCCAGUUCGUGGCCUUUCUAGUGGAUCGGGUCCUCCCAGCUGGAUCUCCAUGGCCAAACAGAAACAGAAGAUCUACAAAGAAAACUCGCUCGAUGAGAUUACUGUCAGGAAGGAGGAGCAAGAGAGGAAGAGUUCACUGCCACUGAAUGUCAGCUCAGCUGCAAGCCGGGAGCACAGCAACAGAACAGUGGAGUCCACCGGCAAGGUGAGUCCGUUGGACAUCAGUAAGCAUUCAACAUCUGUAGAAAAGGAGGCCAGGAGGUCUCGCUCUCCUCUGACUCCGGUGCCUCCUCAUCCUCUUAAAUCCCAGGCGCUGCCCUGCCCCGUCCCUUCAAAAGCCCAGCUGCCCCCGGCGACCGCCAAACACCCACCCCAACCUAACCCACCCCAAAGGUCCCUGUCACCCCCUGCUCCGAUUCCCGUGUCACAAAAAUCACCCUCUUGCACAAGUCCGCCAUCUCCCACAAAAACUGCCACCUCAUCCAAGACGCCACAGCCCCAGAGCACGACACCCACCUCGCCUCCCUUUUCCCCGGAAAAGUCUGGCUCAAGGGCCCCGGGGCUUACCAGCCAGACCCCGGCCUCUCAGCGAGGCCUGCCUCCCCCGGCGUUGCCCCAGGACGAGCCUCCCUGGAUGGCCCUGGCCAAGAAGAAGGCUAAAGCCUGGAGCGAGAUGCCCCAGAUCGUCCAGUGACGGGUGCUGGUUUCAGUGAGAUCUUGUACACGGGCCCAAGCGGGUCGGAUCUGCACUGGUUGGAGCAGGGCCGAGCGUCCAGACAGACCAGAAUGCAUUUGCACACAAAGAGUUGCUGUUUCCUGUGGUUUUCUUAUUUCCUGGUUUCUAUAUCCUGGCUUAAGUCUUCCGAUUGGUGUAAACCAGCCAAUCACAGCUCAAGACAGGCUCAGUCUAACUGCUUUCACUUCACGUCCUUAUGUUGUACAUUGAUGUUUUCUAAAUGGCAGCGUGGUACCCCCACUUUCUAUUCAACAGUCUUAGUAUGCUAACAUGUGCCUGAAUGAGAGGAGAUCCCUGCAGUCUCACAGCAGAACAUAUACAAAAAAAUGUUAUCCAAAGUAACUCAGAUGAUUCCACCCGAUAUCAGUAAAUACUUCAGGGGAGACAGGAUUGUUUUAUAAAAUGAAAAAGAUUUAUUCAUAAAGUUGGUUAAAAGUGAUGAUGAAGAGAAGGAGACAGAAGUGUGUGUGUGUGUGUGUGUGUGUGUGUGUGUGUGUGUUAAGCUGGAGGAACUCUCUGAUCCGCGUUUCCUCUCAAUCUGGUUCUCUAGACUCUUAAAUGUCUUGUAGCACGUUCCACUGACACUAAACCAAUGUUUGAUGUGCUAGCAAGCGCCUCAGCGUGUCCAACGUGUUGUCGACAUGAAUAAUAUUUUGAAUUGGUCUCUUUUGAUAUUUUGUGGACGUGGUCUCCCAAAAAGCCCUCUGUUCAGGACUCCAGGAAAACGUAUCAUGACGUCAGACCUUCAUGUGUUUUAAUGCGUUUCAGUGCGCCAUGUUGGCCGCGUGCUGAGCGGCGGUGAGGAAACAUUUCACGAUCAUAACCGAACAUGUCGUGGACACAGCCAUCCACACAUUAAUAUAUCGCUUGGGGAUCGGUUUGCUUCACGAAAGCGUUUCCUUUGCAUCAAUUUAAUCUAUCUAUCUCACAGUAACUACAUAUGUUUUAUGCAUUUUGUAUCGCCUUUUCGAGAAUGUUGUCUUGUACAUAAAUGCACAGUAAAGAACAAAUCAAAUCUU